AUGGAAUAUAAAGAAAACGAUUAUGAUGAAAGGCAAAAACGUUUAGAAAAAAUAAUAAGAAAAGAAUUUUAUGCUAAUGAAGAUGUAGUAGAAUAUUGUGAAGAUAUAAUUAAAGGGGGGGUUAUAUCUAAAAACUAUUGUCAAUUUGAAGGAUGUUGUAAUUGUUUUAAAUGUGAAUAUAUUGUACUAAUUAUAAAUGAAUAUAUACAAAAAGAGUGUAUAUUGGACAAUUAUGUUGAAGGUUAUAAACAUUUAUAUGAAAAUAUUGACAAAUUUGAAAAUAAAAUAUCAAAUAAGUUUGAUAUUGAUGAUAUUGUUUGGAAUCAGAUUUUGAAAAUGACCAUAAAUACCAAAGAAGAUAGCAAACGAAACUGUAAUUAUGUACAUAAAAAUACUCAAAAUAGUGAAAUUAAAAACUAUAAUGAUCAAAAUAGAAACAAUAAUAAUAGAAAUGUUAGAAAUACAAAUCACACAAUCGAAAGCAAAUAUAUAUUUAAUAUAAAUUUUAAGGAUAAAGAUGAAAACAAUAAAGAAACUGAUUCUAUUGAAAUGGAAGUAUAUACUAUAUCUGUUAUAUUAAAGAUUAAAAGCAAACUUUUAAAAUCAUCACCAACAUUAAAAAAUAUUAUAAAUGCAUUAUCUUAUUAUGAUGAUAAUUAUUAUUAUAUAAAUAACAGAAUAGGAAUUAUCGAAAAAAUUAAAAAAAAAAUUUAUGACUAUUGUUUCAAAAACACGAAAAAUAAACAAAAUGAAAUAAAAUAUAUGAAUACUGAGGAUCAUGUCUUAAAUAAUAAAAUUGGAUUAAAUGCAUUUGCAAAAAAUGAUGAUUCAUAUUUAUACGAUAAUGUUAAUUAUGAAAAUGGUUUUCAUGAUUUUACAAAUUUCAAUAUCCAAAAUAAUAAUGACAAAUCUGUUCACCCAGAUCAUAAUAGGAAUGAAGAAGAUUUAUUUAAUGCUAAAUAUUAUAGUAAUACAAUUAAUAAUUGGGAAAAUAAUAAAUAUUAUAAUAAAAAUAAUAUUAACAGUUCAGAUAAAAAUAUAAUGGAUAAUAUAAAUAAUUCAGAUUUGUCUUUUAAUAAAAAAGAGGAAUAUAAUCAUGAUAUAUUUUUUGACAAUGAUGUGGAGCAAAAAUAUAACAGAGUAGUUAAGAAAAAAGAAAGGGGAUUCAAAAUUUAUGAAAUAAAUAUAAGAUCCGAUAAAAACUUAACAAGUUUAAAAAGCAUUAUUACAUUAAUUGAAAUGAUUAAUGUUGCUUAUUUAUAUUUUAUAAAAUGUGUUAAGGAUAUGAAAAAAAAAGAAAAAAGUAAAAAUUUUGAAAAUGAUCAAAAUGAUGAUAAUAAUUUUUUUUGUGAUGAAAAAUAUUAUGAAUUUUUUUAUAAUAUGAUUUCUGGUUAUUUGAGUAAUAAUAUAGAAAAAAAAAAUAAUAGUUUAAAGAAAAUAAGGAAAAAGAAAGCUCAAUCGGCAUCUUCUUGUUAUUCUGAUAAUCAAAAGGAGGAACAUUCCUUAUUUUCUGACAAGGAUAGCAAUAAAAUUUAUGAUAAAGGUUGUGAAAGUGAAUCUAUUAAAGAUAUAGAUUCUGUUUUUGAUGCAGAUAUAUCUAUAUCUGAAGAAAUAAAAUACGCAUCUGAUGAAGAAAAUAGCAAUGCUUCCGUUAUAAAAUUAAAUGAUGAUAAUAAAAUAAGAGAUGGUAGUUGUUCGAUAAAUCAAGAAGAACAUUUAAUUAUACAUAAUGGAUGUGAAAUAUCAAACAUUUUAAAUGAUAAAGAAAUAUAUAAUGUUAUAGAAUAUAUAAAACAUAUUAUUAUGUCUAUUAUAAAAGAAUGUGAUGGCUAUUUUAAUAUCGAGUAUUUAUAUACUCUACACAUAUUUGAGUUAAAAUUAUUUUUUAAUAUUUUAAAAAAAAAAAUUUUAAGAAGAAGCAUACAAGAUGAUUUUCUAAUUAUGUUAACAUAUUGUGGAUUUAAACUUCAAAAUGAUGAAAUAAUAAACUUUUGUUUUUGGAGAAUUAUAAGCAUAUUCGAUGAUGGCAAUGUGCCUAACUGUUGGGAAAUAAUGAAAAAUGUGAACAAAUGUAGUAGUGAAUAUACUGAAGUGGCUGGUAAUAUAUUGAGAAAAAAGUAUAUUGAAUUUAAAAAUAAUGUUAAAGAAAUAACAAAAAAAAAUGAAAAAAAAAAUGUAAUAGAAUCAUGUAAUACAAUCUUUUACGAAGCAUUAAACUUAAUACCAAAAGUAGAAAAUAAUAAAAAAUAUUUGAGUGAAAUUGACAUAAACAAUGGAAGUUUUUAUUUCAAAAAAAAUUUAAUUGAUAAAAAUGUUUUUUUGAACCUUAUAAAAAAUGCUAAACACGAAUUUAACUGUUAUAAUAAUAUAGAAAAAGGAUAUGUUAUAAAUGUAAUAGAAAGGAUAAGAAAUUUUAAUGAUUAUUAUUCUUGUUGUUAUAUUUUAAAAAAUAAUAAAAAAAAAACAUUAAUGGGAUUUAAAAAGAGAGGAGAAAAUAAAGUAUAUAUAUAUAAAUAUGAUAAAAAAAUAAAAAAUAUAUAUAAACAUGUAGAAAAAAAUACUGUUAUAUCAGGAUUUUUAGGAGUGUUAAUAUGUAAUUUUAUUGGAAUGAAAAUUAGCAUAUAUGAUAAUGGGAUAGACAAAAAAUAUUCAAAUUUUUUUCCAAAUUUUGAAAGAAAAAAUGUUAUAACAAUCAAAUUUGAAUCCAAUAUAAUAAGUGAAUUACCCCGUCAUUUUAUUUGUAAUAUAUAUAAAGAAGAUAAAAGUGUAAAAUUUAUAUAUGAAAAUAAGUGUCCAACAUGGAAUGAAGAAAAAGAAAUUUAUGAAUUGCCUUUUUAUGGCCGAGUUAGAUUGGCAAGUGCUAAAAAUCUACAGUUAAUUUUAAAAAAAUGUUUAAUUAGUAACUCAAAAAAAGCAUUAUUUUCGAAUACAACUAUUAACGAUUUAAUAGAUUAUAUGAGUACAGAAAGAAAUAAUCAAAUUCUGGAAUAUAGUGAAACACCUAAUGAUAAAGAAAGCAAUGUUAAUAUUGCAUUUUCCAAGAUCAGUGAUGAAUAUGACUGGAGUGCAGGUAUUGCAUUCAAAGCAAAAAAAAAUGGAAAUAAUAAUAAUAAUAAUAAUAAUAAUAGGGAAAAUAAUGGAAACAAUGAUGGUAUACAAAAUGAAGAAGGAGAAAAAAGCAUAAUAAAAAAAUUCCCUUUUGAUGUGAUAAAAAAUAAUUUUAAAAUAAAAAAAUACGAAAAAUUCGAAAUUAUAAAUAAUGAUCAAGAUGAAAUUUUUCUUAUUUUUGGUAAAAAUUCAAAGGAUUAUUUUACUUUGGAUUAUCGUCAUCCUUUAUCUUCCUUUGAAGCUUUUUCUAUAGCAAUUUCUUCUUUAUUGAAGAAAAAAGCUGUAUCCUAA